AUGAAGGCGUCGUUGUCUCCCCAGGUCAGAAAACGUGUCGAGUGUCUCAGACAUCUUCAGAGCCAACAUGAUGAGCUGGAGGCAGAGUUUCUUGAGGAGAGGAAUGAAUUAGAAGCUAGAUACCAGAAGCUUUAUCAACCACUCUACACAAAGAGAUAUGAAAUUGUGAAUGGUAUAAAAGACGUUGAAGGGCCUACUUCCAAUCAAUUAGCUGAAAUAAAAGAGGAUCCAGUUACAGAAGAGAAAGGAGUACCUGAAUUCUGGCUCAGUGCAAUGAAAACUCAUGAAGUACUAGCAGAGGAGAUAAAGGAACGAGAUGAAGGAGCUCUAAAGUUCAUUAAAGACAUCAAGUGGUCGAGACUUCAUGAUCCUAAGGGUUUCAAGCUGGAGUUUUGCUUCAAUCCUAAUCCUUACUUCAAAAAUUCUGUCCUGACAAAGUCUUAUCACAUAAUUGAUGAAUCUGAUCUUGUCUUGGAUCAAGCAAUUGGGACGGAAAUUGAAUGGUUUCCUGGAAAAUGCUUGACAAAGAAGGUUGUGAAGAAGAAACCAAGAAUGUGGUCAAGGAAUACCAAACCCGUCACAACAAUCGAGGACUGUGAAAGUUUCUUCACAUUCUUUGAUCCACCUCAGAUCCCUGAGAAUGAGGAUGGCCUAGAUGAUGAUGCUUAUGAUGAACUCCAGGGCCAAUUACAACAGGACUACAGCGUAGGAACCAUUAUUCGGGACAAAAUCAUUCCUAAUGCUGUGUCAUGGUUUACUGGAGAGGCUAUCGAGGACGAUGCGUCGGAUGGUAUAGAUGAUGAUACAGAGGAUGAGAGCGAGGAUGAUGAGGAGGAGGGUGGCGGGGACGGGGGCAAUUACGACAGCAACGAGGAUGAGGAGGAAGAGGAAAGAAAACGGAGCGUGAAGAAGGAAGUGGAUGAGGACGAUGACGAGGACGAGGAGGAAGAAGACGAAGAGAAAGUGAGCGGGAAGAAGAAGAUUGGAGAGUUACCAAUUCGGGAAGGUCAUUGGGAGCUACCUUCUCAGUGCAAGUCACAGUAG